GCCCGGGCCCGGGCCCCGGCCCCGCCCCGGGCCCCGGCCCCAGCCCCUUGCCCGGCCGGGCGAUGAAGUGUCACUACGAAGCGCUGGGGGUGCGGCGCGACGCCAGCGAGGAGGAGCUCAAGAAGGCCUAUCGGAAGCUGGCCCUGAAAUGGCACCCGGAUAAAAAUCUGGAUAAUGCCGCAGAAGCAGCUGAACAAUUUAAAUUAAUCCAAGCAGCGUAUGAUGUGUUGAGUGACCCUCAGGAACGAGCAUGGUAUGAUAAUCAUAGAGAGGCUCUCCUUAAAGGUGGGCUUGAUGGGGAAUAUCAGGACGACAGCUUAGAUUUGCUUCACUACUUCACUGUGACCUGUUACUCUGGUUAUGGAGAUGAUGAAAAGGGCUUUUAUACAGUUUAUCGUAACGUUUUUGAGAUGAUUGCGAAGGAGGAGCUAGAAUCUGUGUUAGAAGAGGAGAUGGAGGAUUUCCCCACUUUUGGAGACUCCCAGAGCGACUAUGAUACGGUCGUCCAUCCUUUCUAUGCCUAUUGGCAGAGUUUCUGCACUCAGAAGAACUUUGCAUGGAAGGAAGAAUAUGAUACGCGACAAGCUUCAAACCGCUGGGAGAAACGAGCCAUGGAAAAAGAAAACAAAAAGAUUCGCGACAAAGCGAGGAAGGAGAAGAACGAGCUGGUGCGCCAGCUGGUCGCGUUCAUCCGCAAGAGAGACAGGAGAGUGCAGGCGCACCGGAAGCUCGUGGAGGAGCAGAACGCCGAGAAGGCCAGGAAGGCGGAGGAGAUGAGGCGGCAGCAGAAGCUGAAGCAGGCCAAACUGGCCGAGCAGUACAAAGAACAGAGCUGGAUGACUGUAGCCGACCUGGAGAAGGAGCUCAAGGAGAUGGAGGCGCGCUACGAGAAGGAGUUUGGAGAUGGAUCAGAUGAAGAUGAGAUGGAGGAAUCUGAGCUCAAAGAUGGGCACGAUGGCAAAGACAGUGAUGAAGCUGAGGAUGCUGAGCUGUACGACGGCCUUUACUGCCCAGCGUGUGACAAAUCUUUCAAGACAGAAAAGGCCAUGAGGAAUCAUGAAAAAUCAAAAAAGCAUCGGGAAAUGGUUGCCUUGUUAAAACAACAGCUGGAGGAGGAGGAAGAAAAUUUUUCAGGACCUCAAACUGAUGAAAAUCCAUUGAAUGCCAAUUCUGAGGAAGAAAUCGAAGAUGCACCAAAACAAAAGCUUUCUAAAAAACAGAAGAAAAAGAAACAGAAACCAGCACAGAAGUAUGAUGAUAAUUUCAAUGAAAAUGGAACUGGAGAAGAAGUAAAGGUUGAAUCAGAAGAUACCAACUUAAAUCAAGACCGUGCCAAAGAAUUAGACGGGAGUCCCCAAGAAAGUAUCAGUGUCACUGAGACUGUCGAACUCUGUGAUGAUCCAAAAAGUGAAGCUAAGAAUGCUCCUAAACCCAAAGGGAAGAAAGCCAAAGACAUGAAAAAAUCUGUCAAAGUACCUGCUGAACCGCAGACAGUGAGUGAUGUUCUUAUCAGCUGUGCAACCUGCCACAGUGAAUUUCCAUCCCGGAAUAAACUUUUUGACCAUCUGAAAGCCACAGGUCAUGCAAGAGCGCCUGCAUCGUGUUCUUUAAACAGUGUAACGAGUAGUCGAAGCAAGAAAGAGAAACGUAAAAACAGAUAGAAAUCCUGCCAACGUUUUUUUCUUUUUGAUUGUCUCUAGAUUUUGAAACCAAAAACUGAACUGAAGUCAUCUAAAGAGUUAAAAUUUCGGUGAUCUGCAAUUUAUUGCAUUGUGGAAGAUUACUUUUUAUCUUGUAAAAACAUUUUUUUGUUUAAUAUAUAUUUUUUAAACAUUUCAUUAGUGAUUGAAUUCUACUUUGCCAUCUGGAUUGACUUGAAUGUUUCAAAACAGGUACAUAUUGUAAAGUGUGCGUUCUUGACUUCUGUUGGCUCACAUGGACAGAAAUGUACAGGGAGAAUUAAAUUAUUUUAACACACA